AUGCUGCACACUCCCCGGAUCGAAGCCUGCAGCCAAAAUGUUGAUCGAAGUUCCUCCAUUGAGUUUUGCCAAGAGUGCUGCCGCUCUCCGCCUCUGAUGCAUGUUCUCAAGGGAAGCUUCACGACAACACGCGUUUGGCGCGUCAAGAAAGGUGUCGUCGCCACGAUCAAGAUGUCAGUCGCUACGAACCGUGCGGAGCGCCAGCAGAUGCGCCAGCGCGGAGCCGCGAAUCGCAAAGUCAAAGACGUCGAUUUCGGUUUUUCGUUUGGCUCUCCUCAAGUGUUACCGAAACAGCCCGCACAGGCGUCGUCGCUUUCACCACCUAACCGAGAACCAACCCAGGUCUCUCCACCCAAGGCCUCAACACCGAAUAAGAAACUUUCUCGACCUUCGACCCCAGGGUCGCGACGGCUUUCGGCCAGGCGAACGAGCAAUACACCCAUUAGCAAGGCUCCUAGGAGCUCUGGAAACCAAAUCCCUUCACCCGCUUCCGUUUAUGAUAUUCCGCUAGACGAUGAGCCGGAGCAAAGAAGUUCCAAGCGGAGACGGAUAAAGGCGAUACACGAACACCAAGAAGAGCCAUUAUUGCCUACAGCUCCUUCAGUGUUGGAUCAUGCGUCGCCUAAUCUUUUACAAUCGGAUGAACAACGGCCAAAUGAAGUGCAAUUGCCCUCGGUUGUUCUAUCACCGGCUCAAAAUCCCCAAAGGAUUACGCUAGCUGCACACCACGAUGGACUCAGCAAAGAGGACUUUCAAAAGCAGCAUGCCAACCCUUCGCCACGGAAGAGGAAGAAGCGGAAGUCUGUUCGAAUCCUCCCCAAAAAGCAACAAAAGCCACGUAUUCGUGCCAAUGUAGAGGAACCUAGGGAAGUUCUCGAGACCGAAGAACCUGUGGCAACCUUCAUUGGUCAAAGGCAACUUUCAGAACCGCGAUCAAAAUCUAAAAUAUCCCCGCGAGCGCACUUGUCUCCCCGUGAAAACCCUACAGGCGUCCAACCGGAAGUAGGAGGGACGUAUUCACAACAGGAAGAGAAGGAAAACGACGCUUCGACAAAUUUUGAACUACCGAACGUUGAAAACGUAGAACAAGGCGAGCUGGAAAAUGACGACGAUUUACAAGCUGGGGCUAAGCAAAAGAGGCCCAGAACGAAAUCAGCGCGUCAAGCAGAAACAGGCGGGCAGAAGAACAAGAGAAGAAAACCGGCCAUAAAUGAAGUCACAAAUGAAGAAACUGUUUCACCGAAUCGUGUGGAGUCCGAAGUCUUGCAGCCUGAACAACCAGAGACAACGCAACUGGAGAAGCCCAGACCCAGCCGCAGAAAUCGGAGGCGCGCGGCUUCUAAAUCUCUUGGAGACGCAUCUGAAGAAGUAAGGGGCUCAAGUCGAAGCACUAUCCCUGUUACAGUUCACCGUCUCUGCAAUAUUUCUGCUCUCGAAAACGUAUCGGAGGGCUCCGAUAUCUCUGAUACUGAACAGGCAGUGCCCGAUAAGGCUCAAAGCAGACAGAAACACUCAACCCGCGGCGGUAUCAACGCUGCGGAUGUGCUGAAUCAAAUAUGUCAGGAAACUCUUGAAAAGACACUCUCUACUCUACAAAAAAACAUCGAACAAGAGUCGAAUGUUGGUCGCGCCAGUGAAUGGAAACGAAAGUGUAAAGUUGUGCAGGAGUUCGGGUCAGAAUUAGAAAACUCAUUAUUUGGAAUAAGUGAGCUUCUGGAGAGUAAUUUCGUUUUAGCAGCGCGCGUGAAAAGGGAGAAGAAGGAGAUGCUCAGCUUGAGGCAUCAAUUGAUUUCUUUACGAAAAGAGAGAGAAGAUGUUGCGCUACGGAUUGAUGAUGUACGGAGCAAGUAUGCUGACGAUGAAAGUGCGAGAACGGAACGUGAUUCGCUUAAUAACUCUCUGCACGAUCUUCAGCUCGCUCUUGAGCGAAGUCACAAACGAGCAGAACCGUCAAACACGAGUCCAUUUGCAGGCCUGGAAUUUCUGCUUCGUAUGGUUGGUCGAAAUGUCAGUUCCAUAGCACCAGAUUCGCAGGGAGGGCUUUUGUACCAGAUCAAGCACUUCAAUAGUCAGCUCGAGAAUUCUGCAGCUCUCUUAGAGAAGUAG